AUGCCUGGAGAAGAACCCAUGGACACUUCUUCAGGCAAGUGUCUGCCAAAUAUGAGCCAAGAAAUGUCGGCCAAGUUUGUAAAGGAAGCUUUGAGUCAGUUUGAUGUUGAUGAGCAGAUUAAUUCGACAGGAAGAUUGGCUUUACUCCUCGCUAAAACUCUGGGUAUUGCUGUUGAAGUUGGUAAUGACAUUGCUGCUGAAAUGACAACGAAUCUAGAGGUUUUGCGCAAAUUGAGGAAUCAAGUGGAUUCAAUCAACACUGAGUAUUUGGUUAAUUUGGGUAGGUCUUUUUUAUUUAUUUUUUUGUAUUUUUAGAUAUUACACUAUGUUAUACUUUGUGUUCUAUGCUAUAUUUAAAUAUUUAGACGAUUUGGUAGUAUUUUUGGACGAGAUUGUCACGGAAUGUUUUGCCAACUUACAUAUGGAAUGGCGCGAACCUCAACAACCUUCAUAUGGACAACUUUACGGGCUCGAAACCUUUGACAUUGUAAAUAAUAUACACGCCGGUUUUUUGGUCAAGUACGUAAUUCGGGUAUUUAACAAUAUUCAACGAGAGUUAGUCAGAAAUGACAUUGAUGAAGGGUCGGAGAAGCUUCUGAAGCAGUUACAGCAGCGAUUGUAUUACAAUUACGUGCAAGAGUUUCGAGGAUAUUCGGUUCAAGGUAACGAUGUUAAGAUGACAGCUGCUGCUUUGGGUUUGGCGUUGAUUCAGGACCUUCCGCAGAACUUCCUACUUAAUCUGCAAGUGUUUUGUGUAAAUGAGGAUGAGACGGGUGAAUGUGUCAAAACGGUGGGUUUUAAAACAAUAAGAGAAAAUUUAUAUUGUCAUAAAUUACAUAGGUUAUAUUUUGGUACUGUUUGGUUAAAAAAAUUUAAAAAUUUAUAACACUUUAGUUUGUCUGUGCGAUCAUAUUUCUAAACAACAAAAAACUAAAACUUAACAUUUAAAAGCACUAAUUUUAAAAUUUUUAGGUUUUCAAUCCAAUUUUGGAUAUAUUGUAUGUAUGUGCCAGCACGGUUGCCAUAAUGGAUUCAGAUCAGAUUAUCCAAGCGCCAUACACGGUGCUAAGUGUACUACUCUCAACGAAAGUCGGAGCAAAACGACCAAUUUGUGAAUUGUUAUGUUCUCGACCAGACUUCAACCUCGAUGGCAAAUUGACUGGUAGACAGUUUUGUCGCUUAACAUAUCUCGGAGCAUUCAUCGACUUUUGUGUUACGCCAAUCAAUGUGGAUUUGGAUGUAAGUUGAGAGUUUUGGGUUAUAAUGGAUUUUUUGAACAGAAAUUGUAAGUUUUUGUUUUAUAUUGUCGGAGGGAGGACUAUUCAUCUUAAAUAAAAAGUUGCAAUGUUUGUUGGGGUACUGGGGGGCAUUACCUAUAUUAUUUGACACUGCUUCGGCGUUGUAUUUUUUUAAAUCUUGUAUAUUGUUUUAGGAUUCUGUAAGCAUGAGUGGAAUGGAACCUCUGGCAAACGUGUCAAUUCAUGCUGAAUCUAGAUUUAUGUAUUAUAUGAGAUAUCAAAUGAAAAUUGCUGCUGUUAGAGUAAGUCUUGUGCUUAUAUGAUUUUUUUCAAAAGAAUUUCGAUUUUAAAGUUUUAAUUAUGUUAAAUGAACUAAACUUUUGAAGAAACUGCAAAAUUCAAGGUUUUAUACAAGGUUUUUCUGAAUUUUUAACGAUUUUUUGACCGUAAAAUUUCAGCGAGAACUUCAAACAAUAAUUCAUGUGCUUCUUGUCAACUCCACAACCAGAGAACCAGCUCUGGCCUACAUUGGUCGAUUCUUGUCGACCAAUUCAGGCAAGACUAUGAUUCAAUCAAGUGCUCAAAAGAACGUGGAUGAUGGAGUGAUGCUCAACUUUCUGGGUGUUAUGUUGUUCUUGUGUGAGAAGGUCACAUUGGAAAAGGUCAAUCCUCAAUACAUCUUUCACCCAAACUGUCGUUUUGACCUUAAAGAAGAAACACGAUUUAAAUUUAACCAAAAAGAAGUCGAAGAAUUUGUGGAAUCGCUUACUUUCACCAGUGAUGAUGUCAAAUUCUCGACGGAGUGCUUCUUCUUGACUAUGCAGUGCAUGAGAUUGGGACUAAACGCAUCAAUCGAGUCUUUUAAACACAUGAAACAAACUUGUGGAGAACUCAAAAAUGCAAUCAAAGACCUGGAGGAGAAGAUUGCUCAAACCUCAAGCAUGCCCGGAGCAGCAGUGUUACAAGGCCGAAUUAAAAUGAGAUUGACACACUUGCAAGAGCUAUAUAAGGUACGAUGGGGCACAGUUUUGCAAGUUAUUGUUUUGAUUGGAAUAGAUAAAAGGAAGUAGAUAAAUAAGGUCAUUUAGUAGCGAUGUAAAGUGAAAUUGAUCCAGAAUUAGGGUAUGAAAAUGGAAGUAGGUUUUCAGGCAGUUUAGUAGGUAUAUAAGGCAUCAUUUUAAGUUAGUAUUUGAUUUGGAUAGAUUUUGGUAAACGAGAGCUUAUGUUUAGUUUAGCCAUGACUUUUUUCGGGUUUUGAAAUUUUGGUGCUAUAUGACAAUUUAGAUAUAUAUUUUUUAAUUUUCAGAAAGCUAGCAUUACAUUGGCUUCAUUGGAGUGCCAAUUGACUGACGCUGGCUUCAUGGACAGAUGUAUGGAUUACGCGAAGAAACAAAUGCAGUUCUUGAUCAAGCUGAUCUGUCCAGAAGGAUUCAUGAUGACAGAAGUGCCACCAGAAGCGCCAAGACUAUUUGGAAUGAUGCCUGAGUUCAUGCUGGAAUCUGUGCUCGAUCUGGGCAUCUUUUUGUUGAAGUAAGUGGGAUAUACCAACUGUUUUUUGCGCGAUUUGUCAACGCUACGUGAAGUUUUAAGAAAGAGCAGUCUUGUAAAAAAAUAACAGGUCAUUUUUAUAAAGUUAUAAGAUUAAUAUUUAUUACCUAAACUUUAGGACAAACUCGGAAUUGGCCAAGAAGAUCCAAACUGAAAUGGUACAAAGCUUGAUGAUUUUAAUGUGCAACUCUCAGUACUUCAACAAUCCCUUCUUGACUGCCAAAAUCAUUGAUGUGUUCUUCCUGAUUUGCCCAUCAUACAAUCCAAGUGUUAUGGGACUCUUCAGAAGCGCUACACAUCACCCAUACGCUAUGGAGAACUUGUACCCACGCCUGGUUAAGUUCUAUUCAGACGUCGAAUCGACUGGUGCCAGUUCUGAGUUCUACGACAAGUUCAACAUCAGACGAUCAAUUCAAGUGAUCUUCAGAGAGCUUUGGGAAGACAUUACUUACAGAGGCAAAAUGACUGAAUACGCAAAGAAAUGCUCUCCUGACUUUGUACGUUUCAUCAACAUGAUUAUCAACGAUGGUACUUUCUUGUUGGACGAAUCUCUCGGAGGAUUGAGGAAGGUGCACGAGGUUGAAGUUCUAAUGGAAGAUGAAGCUAGAUUCGCAGCGUUGUCAGAUGAUGAACGUCAACAGAAGUUGGGUGUCUUGAGCGAAGCUACAAGAUCAGUGCGAUCGUGGAUGGUUCUCGGCAAUGAAACUAUGGAAAUGCUCGAUUAUCUGUCAAACGCGGCUCCAGAAACCUUUUAUGAACACACUUUGGGUGAAAGAAUGUCAUCUAUGUUGAACUACAACAUGAUUCAACUAUGUGGACCCAAAUGCACAGAGUUGAAGGUCAAAGAACCCCAAAAACGUUUCUAUUGGGAACCGAGAAAGACGUUGCACCAACUGAUCAAAAUCUAUUUGAAUUUGGAUUCUGAGAGAUUUGCUGAAUGUCUGGCUCAUGAUGAGGUAAGUGUUUGCUUAUUAUUUUAUUUUUUUUCUAUUUUUAAUGUUUUUCUAUUAUAAUAUAUUUACCAUUUAAUUAUUAUUCUACUUUUCAGUGUAUUUUUUUUAAAAUAUAAAUUGUAAUGACAAAUGUUUUAGCGUUCUUACACUCCAGAAGCAUUCGAAGCCAUCCUUCAGCGCUUGAACAGAAUCAAAGCUGUUUCCCAGUACGAAUGUGAACGAUUCAAGAACUUGUUGGAGAAAGCGGCCAGGAUUUACAAGGAAAAGCUCCAGGAAGAAGAAGAUUUUGGGGAUUGUCCGGAAGAGUUCAAGGACCCUGUGAUGGACACGUUGAUGCACGAUCCAGUAAAACUACCUUCAGGUCACGUCAUGGACAGAAAAAUUAUUGUACGGCAUUUACUUAGCACCAAAAACGACCCAUUCACAAGACAAGCACUUACUGAGGAGGAGUUGGUGGAAGGUACGUUACGUUAUGUUAACGAAGAGUGUAUUGUUUGUAGGGAGUGAAGGUUUAAAUCGAAAAAUGAUUUUUGUGUAAAUAUGAAAGUUUUAUUGUCUUUAUAGAUAAAAUUGCAAUUUUUGGUGCAAUAAUUAUACUAAAAUGGAACUUUAUCUAAAUUUUCCUUAUUUUAGAUACGGACCUUAAACAACGAAUCCAAGCCUGGAUCAAGGAGAAGAAAUCAAAGCGUUAA